AUGUUCAAGUCUUGCGACUACUGCCGGCAUCGCAAAAAACGAUGCAUUCUCCCCGCGGGGUCUCCUAUAUCGGCACGGUGCUCCGAUUGCGAGCAUCUUGACCUCGUGUGCACAUUCAGCUCUCGCCAACCGAGUUUGAAGCGCCGCAAGACGUCCCAGCGACUCGCGGCUCGUCUCUUAGAGGGUCUCGCCACGGAUUGGCCCAUGACCAGGACUGACAGUGACGAAGAUGUGGCGAACCUCAAGGAUGGCGACUGUCAGAUACCUCUCGCCGGAAAGCGAGACAUGGCCAACAAGCGUCUGGUGCAGGCAAAUACUCCCGUCACUCACCACGACGACGAGCCUCUAACAAUCAGCAUGAGAUACUGGCGGAAUGUGCAUCCAUUCAUGCCAUUCAUCCCUGUCGAGAUGCUAGAGGAGGCGGACCUCGGAAGAGAUCCGGAUCUGGAGCACUGCGUCGAUCUAGCCUCCCGCUUUUCCUUCAACUCGAUGAGCGAAGACGUUGAAGUUCCCCUGCUCACGGAUCGGCUGCUCUCGAUGCUGCGCCACGGCACGCUGUCUACCUCAGCUAUUGCCGGCCUUCUUCUCCUAAUUCCGUCCAUCUCCUUCCCAGACGAGCUGAUCCAUCAGAUCCUGUCCGCGGUUGAAUCUGCAAGCGCUGCUGGCUCAGUGUCGCCAUCCAUAUUAUCCGGAACACUCGUUACCCAUAUCUGGCGGCAGCUUGCUGGAUACUCUCAUCCUCCGUUGAAUCUGCCACUAGAAGUUCUCGGGAACUAUGCCGAAACAUUGAGCCCGACAACUUUUGCCCAUCAUUAUGUCCGCCUCUCCCAGUUGGCUGCAGAACUUGGCCAGCGCCGCAUGGCGAUGGACCUGGACGGAAUCACGGCAGACACAGCGCUCGCCUGGGCGAAACUCGAGUAUAACUGCCUCCUGUGGCAGGUUCGUCUGCCGACGACGCUCUUGGACGGCCGCGAUGAUCUCCCGGCCACUCCACAGUCUGUCUUGAUUCACUGCUUGUCGAACAUGAUCCUGCUGUCGUUUUACAGCGAUGUUCUCGAGCACGCGGAUACUCUGGGCGCCCAGUUGGCACUGCGACCUGUUCCGGGGGUCCUCCUCUUUCUGUGCGCUCUCGCUCGCAGCACAUUUAUCUGCCCUCGCAACGUACUGGACCGUUGGACGCUGCUUCUCCACAUGCAGGCGGCCACAGUCCGCACCAUGCUGCGUCUCUGGAGACAAACAGGGUUCGAGAAUUGCCGGGCCCUGUGCAAUCUCUGGGAAGACAGCCACAACCUAUACCCUGACCUCAAGCAGCAUGUGCGCGAGGAGAUUGGGCCUGGUCCGUGGACGAUUGAAGAGAUUGAUGGCUACUCGGUGUUCUGGACGUUUCGCGACCUACGUACGCUGACCGCCAAAUUCAUCAUCGAUAGUCGAGCAUGA